AUGGGUGGGCGAUACGCUCCAGAUCCAAGUCAAAUUGCCAAGCCCUUGCCUGGAAUCCCCAAAAGGAAACGAGGCUGCCCAAAACAGACCUGGCAACGAAGCGUUAAUGCAGAGGCGAAGGAACGACGUGGAGUGAAAUUAAGAGAUCCUAGGACAGAUCAGGCCGGUUUCAACGCUGAAUGCCCUCAGCCCCACUUGGAGGACAAGUACAUUGUUACAGAGUUUCAAGUCAAGUGUACAAGCUUCCUGGUUAUAGAAAGCACACGAUAA